UGCGAGACGUCCCAGGCGCUCACCACCUUCUUGAACUACGAGAAGGUGGCGGACGCGUUCGUGGGCCCCACCAACACGGGCUUCUGCUCCGCGGCCAACCUGCUGGCCAACUGGGAUAAAGCCAUCUUCUCUUAUGGAUGUGUCAACUACGAGCUGGACCAAGGCGCCACGUAUCCCACCUUCGCCAGGACGCUGCCGCCCCCGUUUGGCAUCUUGUUUGCGGUGUUGAAGUACUUUCAAUGGGCCAACGUCGGAAUCGUUUCGUCCAACGAGGACAUCUAUGGAAGCGGCGGGAAGCUAGCGAACGCCCUGCGUCGCGAGGGCCUCCCCGUGGGCAUCGUGACCGCCAUGGGGAUCAACGAGACGGAGGUGGAGCGGACCAUGAAGAGGAUCCAGGCGAAGGCAGACCUCAAGGUCAUCAUCAUGUGCAUGCACUCGGCCCUGAUCGGGGGCCAGCAGCAGGCCACCUUCCUGCUGAAGGCCCUGGAGCUGGGGCUGACCCAGGGCCAGUACGUGUUCCUGCCCUACGACGCGCUGCUCUACAGCCUGCCCUACGGCAACGUCUCCUACGCCCCGCUGAAGAACAGCAGCCGGCUGCGGCGGGCCUACGACGCCGUGCUCACCGUCACCGUGGAGUCGGGGGACCUGUCCUUCUACAGGCCUGGACGCGGCCACGUGGAGCGGGGGGCUGCCCGCCAACCUGGAGCCCUGCAGGUGGGCUCGGGGGGGUUGUGUUGGGAGGGCGCAUGCUGGAGGCGCUGCACUCAGAGCUGA